AUGGAGAUAGAGAAGCAUCAUGAUCGUCUCAGAGAAGAAGAUUCAUCAAAUUCCAAAUCAUGGUCGGAGCUCCCUCCAGAUCUCUUGGAUUUGGUAUUCAAACGCUUAACCUUCGCCAAUUUCCACCGAGCUAAAUCCGUCUGUUCCUCUUGGCUCUCCUCUUCGAAACAAUCCAUGCCCAGAAACAAUCACACCCCAUGGCUAAUCCUCUUCCCCAAAGACGCCGAGAACAAUUCCUGCCGGCUGUUCAAUCCCGAGGAGAAAGACAAACUCUACAAACAAACGCGAGAAGACGAAGAUCUGAGAUCGGAAUUCGCAAAGAGUUUCUGCAUCGCAACAUUCGGAAAUUGGCUCCUUAUGCGAGAUCCUCUCUACACUCUCUCCAUCGUGAAUCUCUUCACCAACGAGAUCAUCACUCUUCCUCCCGUGGAGUCGCAGCUCGGCACGACGAAGAUAGAUCGAAUCUCCUUUGACAAUAUAGAGUUCCGCAUCACAAGCGACAAGGGAAAGAAGUACGAGCGCAGAGGUCUUCGUUUCCAAUCUCCUCUGCUUUGGAUCGACGAGAAAACCAGAGAUUACAUUGUUCUAUGGGGAAUUUUGGAAAGAUAUUGCAAAGGCUGUGUGGUUUACUCCAGGAACGGAGAUAACUCGUGGAAUCAAAUCCCGGAAACUCCAGAUUGCUGUGACAUGGUUUACAAGGACUCCAAGCUUUACUUCUUAAGCUCCUCUCGCAGUUUCAUCAUCUUCGAUUUCUUCUCCGGAGGGAUGAUGAUGACUCCGCCGCAGGUUUCGUUUCAGUCUUUUGUUUCUGUGGAUCUAUAUCGUAGUCUCCGGAUUUCUGUAAACAUUGUUGCGACGAUGAUUGUGGUCACGGUGUCAGGAGAAGUCCUCAAGGUUGAGAAAUUGUGGGGGAGGCUUGCAGGUUGGUCCUUCCGGGUUUACAAGGCGUAUUCGUCGUCGGGGUUGUUUGAGAGACGGAAAGUGAUUGAUUCUUUGGGAGACGACGACGAGGCGAUGCUUUUGGACCAAGGCAUCACUGUGCUCGCCGAUGACGCUAAUGGAUUCGUUAGGAACUCCAUCUAUUUCAGUGUUAGUCGUCAUAAUCAUAGUCAUGAAACAUUCUAUGUUUUUAAUCUCGAGACGAAGAAGACGGAGCCGCUGCACAAAUUUGAUUCUUCUUCUUCGGUUGAUCAGUUCUCUAGAGGUCGUUGGCUCUUUCCAAAUUUCACUGAAAGUAAGCAAGUUACUGGUAGGGAAGUAUUGUAA